AUGCAACGAUACUUUUUAGGAGAUAUCUGUUCAUCUUUUCUUUCUUUAAUACUUUUCAGGAGACUAGAAGAAAGGCGAAGGGGCAGGCCCUACGAAUCCCGCGCUCCAAUUUCUCUUGGGGCCGUCUACGAAACUGUAUGUAGAAAUUGCGGCAUUCGUGGACAUUUGGCAUCCGAUUGUUUCCAUCGACCUGGUUCCUCCCGACUCGGUCUUGUUUACAGUAGCGAUGGAGGCAGCUCAGAUGGUUACGACGGCCCGAAAGGAGGGAGUAGCCGCAAAUUUAAACGAAGUGAUAAUGCCAUCCGGGGGUCCCCGAAUCGGAUGAGACGUUUCAACGAAUACCGGCCAAAUGAUGAAGGAAGGUCAGAGUACAACCGGAAUUAUGAUUCGAGAAAACGGAAGCACACCGAUCAACAGCAUGGUAACAACUUCGAAUACAAACGAAAACAGUCUCCAUCUUGA